CUGUUUAGCUGUGAAACGUCAACCAAUCAGAGGAGAAGCAGUUUCUCUACUUGCUUCAUAAUUCUACGCCGGUUGUCCCCGCCCGCAUCGGCUUACUAUGCGAAGUUGCCAAUUGUCACGUGGGUUAUUAAUAUUUGAAAAGAUAUUUCUUCUUGAUUGCCCGAAAAAAUUUUUCCAAUUAAUAUGGGUAAGAAAGACAAAAAUAAGAAGAAAGUGAGCGGUAGUGUGAAAACUGCAUUAAAAACUGAAAAGAAAUUAAGCUCGAAACAGAAAAAGGAAUUAGUCGCACUGGGUGAGGACGACAUUGAAAAUGUGAUAGCCGAAAUCGAAAAGGAAGAAGCUCGAAGGCAACGUGUUGUUGAAAAGCCGGUGGAACCACCGUCUCGACGUGUUAAUUUUAGUUUAACAGCACAUCCUUUUAAAGAUGAGCUUAUUAUGCACGGAGGAGAAUUUCAUGAUGGACGAACGACGUUUGUUUAUGGAGAUAUGUUUACGUAUAACAUAAACAAAAACGAAUGGACUGUGAUAAGAGCACCUGGGGCUCCACCCCCCCGUUGCGGUCAUCAAAUGGUAGCGAUACCAACGAAUAGAGGGGAACUAUGGGUAUUCGGUGGUGAAUUCUCUAGCCCAUCGGAAUCGCAAUUUUAUCAUUACAAGGACUUAUGGGUCUAUCGAAUUGAAGAUAAAAAAUGGGAAAAGAUUCAGGCUGUUGGUGGUCCAUCUGCUAGAAGCGGUCAUAGAAUGGUUCAUGUAAAAAGACAAUUGAUAGUUUUUGGCGGCUUUCAUGAUAAUUUGAGGGAUUACAAAUAUUUUAAUGAUGUGUACUCGUUUCACCUUGAAACAUAUACUUGGCAAAAGAUUGAAUUAACUGGUAACCCGCCACUUCCAAGAUCUGGCUGUAUAGUGUUGCCAACGCCUGAAAAUAAAUUACUUGUAUACGGUGGUUACAGUAAAGACAGAAUAAAGAAGGAUGUGGAUAANCGCGCAAUUGCUUUAGAAAGAGAACUCACGAGUUCUCUCAAGUUUGUAGAUUCAUAA